AAUCACUGCGCGGCUCGAGGCUGAGCGCGAGCGCGUGCGCGUGUUUGGGUGUUCGCAGCGGUCGCUGUCUGGCGGGGAGUCUCGGCCAAGCUGGACGUUUCUUUGCUGAAGUGUGCACACACACAAGGACAGACACUGAAGCUCCUUCGGUAGCCUCCUUCAGGACGGACCUUUCUGGCAACUGACCCUUUUGCAGCGGACACGUUUAAACAAUGAGCUCAGUGGCCGUGUUGACCCCGGAGAGCUUCGCUGAACAUCGCAGUGGACUCAGGGACGAGGAAAUUACAGGGGGCGCUCCAGAAGAUGAGGCCUAUAUCCCCACCUACCUGGAGGCUUUCCCCCCUCUCCCAGAGAAGGGCACCCCUGGGGAGAAGUCUGGCGAGCUCACAGGGGCCUGGAAUCGAAUCCGGCCUAUUAAGGCCUCCGUCAUCACGCAAGUGUUCCAUGUUCCCCUGGAAGAGCGGCGCUACAAGGACAACAGUCAGUUUGGUGAGGGUGAGGAGGCCAAGGUGUGCCUGGAUAUCAUGCAGAAGACGGGGGCCCACAUAGAACUGUCUCUGGCUAAGGACCAGGGCCUCUCCAUCAUGGUCACUGGCAAACUGGACUCCGUCAUGAAGGCUCGCAAGGAAAUUGUAGCGCGGUUGCAGACUCAGGCCUCAGCUACAGUUGCUAUCCCAAAGGAGCAUCACCGCUUUGUCAUUGGAAAGAACGGGGAGAAGCUGCAGGAGCUGGAGCUGAAGACGGCCACCAAGAUCGCCAUCCCGCGCCCUGAUGACCCCUGCGCCAACAUCCGUAUCACGGGCACCAAGGAGGGCAUUGAGAAGGCCCGCCAUGAGAUCCUGCUCAUCUCUGCAGAACAGGACAAACGGGCAGUGGAGCGCAUCUCGCUGGAGAAGGCCUUCCACCCGUUCAUCGCGGGUGCCUACAAUCGGCUGGUACAGGAGUUGAGCCUGGAGACGGGGGCUCGCAUCAGCAUCCCGCCACCCAGCCUGCCCAAGGAUGAGAUCGUCAUCACGGGCGAGAAGGAGGCGGUGGCCCUGGCCCUCGCACGCAUCCGCGCCAUCUACGAGGAGAAGAAGCGCAAGACAACAACAAUCUCUGUGGAAGUGAAGAAGUCUCAGCACAAGUACAUCGUAGGUCCCAAGGGGAACACGCUGCAAGAGAUCAUGGAGAGCACAGGCGUAUCUGUGGAGAUGCCGCCACUGGAUUCCGACUCGGAGACCAUCAUCCUGCGCGGGGAGCCUGACAAGCUGGGGCCUGCCCUGACGCAGGUGUACGCAAAGGCAAAGAGCGUGAUGGUGGUUGAGGUGAUGGCCCCAGCCUGGCUGCAUCGCUUUAUCAUCGGGAAGAAAGGUCAGAAUAUCAGCCGCAUCACGCAGCAGCUGCCCAAGGUGCACAUUGAGUUCACGGAUGGGGAGGAGAGGAUUAGCCUGGAGGGCCCCACGGAGGAGGUGGAACAGGCACAGGCCCAGAUCCAGGAAAUCAUCAACGACUUGCUAGUAAAGAUGGACUACACUGAGGUCAACAUCGACCAGCGCUUCCACCGGCAUCUGAUUGGCAAGAACGGGGCGAACAUUAACCGGAUCAAGGAGCAGUACAAAGUUUCUGUGAGGAUCCCUCAAGACACGGAGCGCAGCGGGCUGGUGCGCAUCGAAGGGGACCCCCAAGGCGUACAGCUGGCACGGCGAGAGCUCAUCGACAUGGCCCAGCGCAUGGAAAAUGAGCGCACCAAGGACCUGAUCGUGGAUCAGAAGUUCCAUCGCACCAUCAUCGGGCAGAAAGGAGAGAAGAUCAAAGAAGUGCGGGACAAAUUUCCUGAGGUUAUCAUCAAUUUCCCCGAUCCAUCCCAAAAGAGUGACAUUGUACAGCUGCGUGGGCCCAAGAACGAAGUGGAGAAGUGCUCAAAGUUCUUACACAAGCUCAUAGCUGAUCUGAUUGAAAACAGCUUCUCCAUAUCCGUCCCCAUAUUUAAGCAGUUCCAUAAAAACAUCAUUGGGAAAGGGGGUGCCAACAUUAAGAAGAUCCGUGAGGAGACCAACACCAAGAUUGACCUGCCCACAGAGAACAGUGACUCUGAGAUGAUUGUCAUCACGGGACGGAGGGCCAACUGCGAAGCCGCCCGUGAGCGUAUCCUGGCCAUCCAGAGGGAACUGGCAAACAUCCAGGAGAUGGAGGUAACCAUCCCUGCCAAGCUGCACAACUCGCUGAUCGGAUCCAAGGGCUGCCUGGUGCGCUCGGUCAUGGAGGAGUGCGGGGGCGUGCACAUACACUUCCCCUCUGAGGGCUCUGGGUCCGAUCGGGUCACCAUCCGGGGGCCUGCCGGCGAGGUGGAACGAGCCAAGAAGCAGCUGCUGCAGCUGGCUGAGGAGAAGCAAAUCAACAACUUCACAGUGGAGCUGUCGGCCAAGCCUGAGUACCACAAGUUUUUGAUCGGCCGCGGUGGGGCCAACAUCCGGCGCGUGAGAGACCGCACGGGGGCCCGCAUCAUCUUCCCCUCACCAGAUGACCCCGAGCAGGAGCUCAUCACCAUCGUGGGCCGCGAGGAAGCCGUGCGGCUAGCCCAGAAGGAACUGGAGGCCCUCGUCAAGAGCCUGGACGACGUGAUCGAGGACAGCAUGGUGGUGGACCCCCGGCACCACCGCCACUUUGUGUGCCGGCGUGGCCAGGUGCUACGGGAGAUGGCAGAAGAGUAUGGGGGCGUGGCCGUCAGCUUCCCGCGCACGGGCGCCCACAGCGACCGUGUCACGCUCAAGGGGGCCAAGGACUGCGUAGAGGCGGCCAAGAGACGCAUCCAGGAGAUUAUUGAAGACCUGGAGGCACAGGUGACAGUGGAGUGUGCUAUUCCCCAGCGGUACCAUCGAGCCAUCAUGGGCCCCAAGGGCUCACGGAUCCAGCAGAUCACCCGCGAGCACGAAGUGCAGAUCAAGUUUCCGGAGAGGGACGAGACAGCAGGGGCGGACCCCUCGGCACAGGAGAAUGGAGACGCCAGCCCAGAGGCAGAGUUUGUCCCGCGUAAGGGUGACAUCAUCACCAUCUGUGGACGAUCAGAGAAGUGUGAGAUGGCACGGGCAGCCCUGCUGGCUUUGGUCCCUGUCACCGUGGAUGUGGAAGUUUCCUACGACCUCCAUCGCUAUAUCAUUGGGCAGAAGGGCAGUGGGAUCCGCAAGAUGAUGGAGGAAUAUGAGGUGAAUAUCUGGGUGCCUCAGCCAGAGCAGCAGUCGGACGUGAUUAAGAUCACGGGCCAAGUGGCCAAUGCGGAGCGUGCUCGCUUGGGGCUGUUGGACAGGGUCCGAGAGCUGCAGGCCGAGCAGGAGGACAGGGCGCUGCGUAGCUUCAAGCUGACCCUGUCCGUUCACCCUAAAUACCACCCCAAGAUCAUUGGCCGCAAGGGAGCUGUCAUCUCCCAGAUCCGCAAGGACCACGACGUCAACGUGCAGUUCCCUGACAAGGGUGAUGAGCAGCAGGACCUGAUCACGAUCUCGGGCUACGAGCGGAAUGUGGAGGAGGCCCGCGCAGCCAUCGAGAAGCUGGUGUCUGCGCUGGAGGAGAUGGUCAGCGAAGACGUGAGGCUGGACCACCGUGUCCACGCUCGCAUCAUCGGUGCCCGUGGCAAAGCCAUCCGCAAGCUCAUGGAGGAGUUCAAGGUGGAUAUCAGAUUUCCACAGCCUGGCUCUGAUGAUCCCGACCGGGUCACUGUAACAGGACUUCCUGAAAACGUAGACAAUGCCAUUGACCACCUGCUCAACCUGGAAGAGGAAUAUAUGAUGAACGUGACAGAGACCGAGACUAUGGCCGCAUACAUGAAGCCCCCAUCCCGGGGGGGGGGUGGGGAUGAUGACGGCAGAGUGUCGGCCAAGGGCUUUGUGGUCCGGGAUGCCCCAUGGAAUGCCCCUGGGAAUAAGGCUCCCGACAUGAGCAGCGCUGAAGACUUCCCCACCUUUGGAGCUGGCGUGGCCCCAAAGCAGACCUCAGCGUGGGGCCCCAAGAAAUUCUGAAGGCAGAGGAGAUAGACUGUACCCAGCUGCUCUUAGCACGCCUGCUCUUCCUCCUCUCCAGGUCCAUCUCUCUGUCUCUUUCUCUCUCUCUUCUCUAUCUUGGGUGGAUCACAUUCACCCCAUGUCACUCAGGAGGCAAGAGGAACAGAGAAUAUUUUUCUCCCCUGUAUCUCUCUCUCCCCCCGUUAGCACAGUUUCCCUCCAGAGGAACCACCAUCCCUUCCACAGUUGUUUCCCCUCAUCCCUCUCUGUCUCACUCUUGCUGGAAACGUCAGUCGUUCAGAAAUCUGCAAGCAAGCCUUGUGAUCAUGGCAGUCAGAACCAGACCGUCCACUCUCAUUUAGCUUCUGUAGAUGUUUUUUAAUAAAAAAAAAUAAAAAUCAAUGAGAACAGAUAACGGUUAUGGUCCGGUUCCAAGAAGGGAGGCUAUUUGGAGGCAAGGGAACCAACAGCGGUAUUUUGAAAGCUAGCGUUUCUUAAUAUUUCCAAAAAAAAGUUUUAUUCUCUGCUGGAGAAGUGUGCACAUAGUCUUUUAUUUAUUUAAAUUCAUAGAGUCGCAUCGCCUACUGUGUGCAAGGUUUUUGGUCAAGUCUUAAGCUGUCUGGGAAUCUGUAGGUAUGUCACUACUGAGAGGUCAUGGGAUUGCUCUGUUUUAUUUAUUCUUUUGUGAAACUGAAUUUUUAUUCAAAAAAAAGGUGAUCUGGUACCUUGGCAUAUGAGACCCUAUUUUUUGUUGUUUUUUUUUUUUAAAUGCUGUAUUUUCGCUCACGUGAAGGACUUGAAUUUCAGCCCUGAGUGUGUGCAUGUGUGAGGGUGAUCUUGGCAUUAUAUUUGGCCCUGGUCCCUUUCUUCUUUUCAGUCCAUUCAUUUUCUCUCCUGCCCUGUCUGUCAGCUCACUCAUUUCACGGGAAGCCAUUUUGCUAGUUAAAGCUGAGUUGUGACCCAGAAUUCUCAAUGAAAUCACAGCCUUUGAUUAAAAACACUCAUCUGGGGUAUGUGCCAAUAUCAUGGUGCACAGGGGAAACAAACACGGGGGAAGUGUCAUUACUUUCGGUAAAAGGCAGAGUUAACGGCCCUUUCUGGGGCUACUUUCCCAUAUGCUACCAUUUCCGAGUGUCUCAGAUGGAUACUGGGAGAUGUCAGCUUGGUGCUUGAGGGCAAAAAACACUCACAGUGGUCAACAGAAGCUCUAGUACAUCUUGCUCUCAGCGUUUGUGUCUGGUUUCUUGAUUCUCUGCUUCUGUUGGGUGGAUGUUGCAUCAGGGCAGACCAUGAGCAACCAGAGAUAUAAAGCUUUGCAUGGUUCUUGGGGUGAGGAGUCUGUCCAAUGGCCCAUCAUAGGCCCAUGUUAGUAGAGCAUCCACAGAAACUGACGAAGGUUACCGGACGUUUCCUGACGCUCCUUACCUGUACUUCUCAAAGGGUAAGGAGGAGUAGCUUUGUAGACAGUCCUCAGCGUGCUCUAACCUAUACGCACAGGUAGUGUCUACAGGCCCUGAAGUGCAAGAUGAAACAUUGAGCUUAGAUAUUCCCCAAACCCACAUCUUGGUCAUGUUCAUAAAUACUGGUAUCCUCUGCUUCAAUCCAUGGGCACCGACAGUAGUGAACAGUAUUGUAGCAUCAUAAAUCUGUUAAUCCAUGUCACUUUCAGGCCAGUAAAGAUUUUAAUCCGUCAAGGAGAAUUUUGUUAGUAAUGAAUGAACAAAGGGAAGAAAAAAAAAAUCAAAGGAAUAAAACAAUGACUGUUGUGUAAGUCUGUGAGUCUGUUAGCUUAUAUCAUAAGUUGUCUACCAGUCUGUGUAUGUGUAUAAGAGGAAGGAAGCCUUUGUCUUCUGUUGUCAUGCACACAGGGGCAUGCAGCAAAGCGGAAUGUUCUGCAGACUGGACACAAUAUUAAGUCUCUCUCGACAGUUGUACGUCUUGAUCGGUAAGGAAUGUUACUCCAUGUGACGGCUACCGUCAAACAUUCGCAAGGAAGUGGAGCGAAAAAAAGCCAUAUUCUAUGGCUAUCUUAAUGACCUCUUUGCAUACUUAAGCUCACAGUGGGCCAACAAAGAAAUGUGCGUAAUUCUGGGUGUUCAGUGUCGCGGACAGUCCAUUCUGGUCCAGGAUGACCUGAGAGUGUAAGCUGCAAAACCAAUGGUGGUGCUCACUUACCUUUACCAGGUAAUCAGAAACGUAGCUUUGACAUGGAUAAGCCGUCCCAACCAUUAGGUGUUGGGGGGGAGGUCUGCUGCGGUCUAAUAAGCUGAAGUAUGACGGGUCUCACUCCACCACCAGUCCCUGCCUGUUCCUGCCCAUUCAGCCGCAUUCAUUGUGGGUUUAUUCCCCUUCUCACUGUGAUGUGAUACAGGUCAGAUGUCACAGUCAUUUCAAAAGUCCUUUUCUCUUUUCCUGAUGUAUUUUACAUUUUGUAUUGGGACCCCCCCCAUAAGCUGAAGGUGUAACCCUACAACAGAAUAUGCAACCACAACACAGGUGGGAAACACUUUCAUUUGGUAUGCGUGUGCACGUGGCUCUGUGUUUCUAUGGAUGAAUAAAAACGCACAAUAAAUCCUG